UAAUCCGAGCGGCCAGAGCUGUGGGAGGCAGAGUUAGAGCUACGGCUGAACGCAGUCCCUGUCCGUCCGCCCCUCGAACCACCGCUCGCGCUCAUCGGGACGGGUGGUGCGGCAGAUCAGGUCGGUCAUGGGACUUUGCAAGUGCCCCAAGAGAAAAGUGACCAACCUGUUCUGCUUCGAACAUCGAGUCAACGUCUGCGAGCACUGCCUGGUAGCCAACCACGCCAAGUGCAUCAUCCAGUCCUACUUGCAGUGGCUCCAAGAUAGUGACUACAACCCUAAUUGCCACCUAUGCAACACACCGCUGGCCAGCCAGGAGACAACACGCCUCAUCUGCUAUGAUCUCUUCCACUGGGCCUGCCUCAAUGAACGUGCUGCUCAGCUUCCCCGAAACACAGCGCCUGCUGGCUACCAGUGCCCCACCUGCAAUGGCCCCAUCUUCCCCCCAGCCAACGUGGCUGGCCCUGUGGCCUCUGCACUGAGAGAGAAGCUGGCCACAGUCAACUGGGCCCGAGCAGGACUGGGCCUCCCUCUGAUUGAUGAGGUGGUAAGCCCAGAACCCGAACCCCUCAAUUCUUCCGACUUCUCUGACUGGUCCAGCUUUAACGCCUCCAGUCCCCCCAGACAAGAGGAGCGAGACAGUACUCCUGCCGCCCCAGCCUUCUACAACCAGGCUCCUCGGCCCCCUCCUUCUCCCAGCCGACUGGAGCAGCACACAGUCAUACACAUGGACAGUCCAGAGCCCUUGUCUCAUGCCCCUCGGAAGGUGUAUGACACACGGGAUGACAACCGAGCAUCAGGCCUCCAUGGGGAUUGUGAUGAUGACAAAUACCGCCGCCGGCCUGCCCUGGGCUGGCUGGCACAGCUGCUCAGGAGCCGGGCUGGAUCCCGGAAGCGACCACUGACCCUUCUUCAGCGGGCCGGGCUGCUUCUACUGUUGGGACUUCUGGGCUUCCUGGCCCUCCUGGCCCUCAUGUCCCGCCUGGGUCGGGCUGCAGCUGACAGCGAUCCCAAUCUGGACCCACUCAUGAACCCUCACAUCCGUGUGGGGCCCUCCUGAGCUCUUGCUGUGGCUGGGCCAACCUAGGACCUGGGGUCCUGAGGAGGGAAGGCCGGAAGGCCUGGGGCUCUUCUUUGCUCGACUCCCUCAAGCCUGAGACACUAAGAUCCCAGGCCCAGACCAAGCCUACCGGAGUGUGUUCAGGCUGGGCCUGGAGUCCCAUAGGUCAAGCUUUUGUCUUAACCUGCCUCCCCCUGAGUCUCCAGUCUCCCACCCACCCCUUGAAGGACCAACAGGUGCAAAUAAAAACAGACUUUAU